AUGGCACCACUCCUUGCCGAGGAAGUCAUCAAACAUUCCGCAUACAGUACCGUCAAUUAUAACCUCCCUGCCACAACGUCCGGAUCAUGUACUGUGGCGCAAAACAGGCGAGGAGGGCCCCUGAACAUUCACUAUGAGAUCCAUGGCUCUGGCCCAGUGAAGCUCGUGUGGGUAAUGGGUCUCAAUGCAAGUCUCAAGGACUGGAGGCGUCAGACCAAAUACUUUGGUCACCAGCAUGCUUCCAAAUAUUCUUGCCUGGUUUUUGACAAUCGUGGAGUCGGCCGGUCGGACAAGCCGAUCUCUUACUACUCCACGUCCGAGAUGGCUCGAGAUGUAGUAGACCUGGUCGCCUCGCUGGGCUGGGUCGACCUUGCUGCUCCUCCUGAACGAUCGAUCCAUGUCAUCGGUGCUAGUAUGGGUGGCAUGAUCGCUCAAGAGAUUGGAAUGCUCAUUCCGGAUCGCCUAUUGAGCCUGACCCUCUGCUGUACCGCUCCGCGCCUGGUUCGGACAGGUCCAUUCUUCGAGAACUUGCGCGAACGGGCAGGCAUGUUCAUUCCCCGCCAUGUCGAUAUCGAGCUCGAGAGGAUGGCAAGGAGUCUCUUCCCCGAGGACUUCCUCGCCGAACCAGACACGGAGUACGAGGACCCGGCGAUGAACUUUCCCACCAAGCGUGAUCGGUUUGCUGCUGGUAUGUUGCAUAAGCGGGCUGACACCGAAGCGCAUACGAAGAAAGGAUUCAUGAUGCAGGUGUUGGCCUGCUAUUUCCAUCACAAGUCAGCGGAGCAGCUCAAAUCUUUGGGAGAUCAAGUGGGGAGGGAGCGGAUCUUCGUGUGCCACGGCACCAGAGACUUGAUGCUGACCUUCCUCCAUGGGGAAAUAAUACGCGAGGAGAUCGGUGACGGAAUCCAAUGGAAGGUCUUUGAAGGCAGCGGCCAUAUGCUGGGCUGGGAGAGGGAGCACGAGCUGAACAAGAUGCUUGAAGAGUUUGUGGAUAGAUGCACCUGA